UGAAUCGAGAGGUUGUUUGUUUUGUUGUCGUUACCGAAGGACACAGGGAAAAUUGUACUCUAGUUUUUAUUUGGAGUCACCAUUCGUUAUUCCCGUCUGUAACCAUGAAGAAAAGACGCAACGGGGCCCAUGUACACCAUCACACUUUGAAAACCAUUCGAGCUGUUGUUCUGGGAAAAGAUGGCGUUGGAAAAUCAGGUAAGUUCAUAAAAGUAUUCUAUACGUUAUAAAAUCGAAUUGUAAAUAGCUCAUUAAUUGAAACCAAAAGUUCAGUUCUUAUUAGUACUUAACCUCCACUAAUAUGACUUCAAAUCGAACGAAACACGAAGAAGAUUCUAGUCGUGACACCUUGGACCAGGAAAUUGUCAAUGCCGCAAAGUAUCCAAACACUUACGCAUGCUAUUAUGGCUAAACAAAAAAUCCAGAAAAAAAAUCCGCUUUUGUUUCCCUUUAUCCCGAAGCUUAUGAGGUUUUAUAAUAGGUUUUGGCAUGUCUGCCCUUUAUUAAAAUGCCCAAGCAACGCCGAAUGAAUUUUAGCACUAUUUACUAGUAAAUAUUGAGUACUUACUCAGAAUUUUAGCACAUAAGUGCCCUGAAUAACAUUCAUCUCUACCUCUUUUCUUUUCCUUUAAAAGAAGGCAACGCGAGACACACAAGCGUAACGCGGCCUGGUCACAAGAUUGUUAAAUUUAGGAGGGUUUUCUUUAAACACCUUAAAAGCUGUCGCUUACGUAAUCUAGAAUGUUUGGUAAAUGUUAGCAAUUAAAUUUUGCUUUUUCUUCGCGUGAAAAAAAAUAAUAAAAAAUGGAAAAGAAAAGAAAAAAAAAUUAUACAGCAAUGUUUGUAAUUUUAAAAGUAGCUUGUAAUAACUUUCGAUGCAAUAGAUGUAUGUGCAUUCAACUUGACAAUCGAAUAGCAGGAGUCAGGCGAUAGCCAGAUUGGUCUUCACAAUGGAACCAAAGUUGGCCUUUGCUUGUCGUGCCAGUCGGAAGAAGUAUUUUAUUGUGAAUUUCCAGCGAAUAAUUUAAAGGGAAAUAGGCGAGUAUAACACUGGGCUAAAUCAUGUUAAAAAAAAUUGUUUGAAAAUCUCGAGAAACAGUUGAAUCUUUGCCAGAUAAAUUAAAACGAACUGAAUGAUUGUAUUCAUAAAAAUUUGAUCGGGUUUUCAUCCAUAAAAUUUCUUUGGUUUCGGGUAUAAAUUUUUCCUCCCAUCGUCCAAAGUCAAUUUAAUCUAGCGUCACGUUUUUUUGUCGACAGUAAAGUAAGCAAUGUCUGGUUUCCUCAUUUUAACUUCGUUUUAAUUGCGUUGUGAUGAUCCGUUAGAACAAGAACCCGUGUAAUCUCAUUAACGUUUGUGUAAAUUUUCCACCCGCAGCUCUCACAGUCCGGUUCUUGACCAAACGUUUCAUUGGCGAUUACGACAGUACAUUGGGUAAGUUCGCAAAGUGAUUAAUACCAGAAUUCUCCACUUUUUCGAUCUUGCCAACAUCUGAACAAAUUUAAAAUGGAAUAAAUGUUUUCCUUUGAAGAUUAGAUUACGAGCAAUCCAUCGCUCUUUCUCAGCGAACACGUUGUCGGAUGCGCAAGUUAAAGGAAAUCCGCGCGUUCGCCCGGCGCCUACUCACUCUUUACCUUUAAUAUACCUUGACUCGUCCCACGGCCUAAGAUAAGAAACAGGAGGCCUUUCUAAAGCUAUUUGGAAGGCUAAAUACAUAUUGAAAAUCCAUGCUACUAACUGAGGCAAAGUUUUACAGUAGUUUGUCACCUUCAAUUCAAGGCCUGCUGCAUAUUUCAAAGGAAAAAGGAAUAUGCUAUUCUGAAUAGUCGGCCCGAAGUGGUGUUUCUGGAUAUUAAAGCAGCAAGAAAAAAAGUGCUAGUUAAUUUAAAAUCUCAACUUUUUAUAGGAAUUUUUCAUUUUUAUUAAAAAAAUUAGUAAAAAAAAAAAAUGAAAAUAACGGCGCCGCUGGGGAUUAACUGACGAUAAAGAACAACGCGCCGCCACCUUAUCAGACGUAGUCGUAAAUGUAUACUCUUUGUUACACUCAUUGCUGAACUAACUCGGAAGCAAAAAGCUCUUCAAAUCUGAAAUGAGUCCGUAAGCCGUAAAAAAUCAUGACUUAAAAAGUAAAUCUGGGUUUUGAAGUGAAUUCAAAACGAUUUUUUUUCUCGUACGUGCUCAACCUUUCCUGUAAAAAUGCCUCUGACAACAAAGUUCCUGCGUGGGGUCCGCUCGGUUUACAAAGUAACUGUUUUACUUAAUAACUACUGAGAUACCAAGAGAGCCCCACUUGGUCAAAAACCCAUCGUUCAUUUUAGUGGUUAACCCAUAGAAAAUUUAAGUUUAUUUUCAUUAAGGUAAUAGACUGCACUUUCUAUCGGUUUACCGGCGUAAAUAUUAGGAGAAAUCAACAUCUCGGCCAAGUGGUUUAUUACAGCGGUAAAGCGAUUGAAAAAUGCAGUGUAAUGCUCAAAUAAUUGCGUUGAAUAGGGUGGAAUCAUAGAAUAAACUUCUCGUCAAAUUUCCCCCAGAGAAAUGCAAAAUCUGAGUGGUUUCCCUGGUUUCUCCUUAGUUUUGUCGUCUUUUUUACCCUCACAUUACUGGUCGAGGACGGGGCAACGUGUAACAGCUGCUCACGUUUUUUGGGCCAUGUAAUUUACCUGUUUUGUUCCAUGAUUGUAUGUAAGUGUUGACAGGUAAGUCUGGGUUGGAGAGUUUUAAUCGUCUGAGUGACCCGACACCACGAGCAGCGAUGGCAAUCAAUCGUCAACUGGGCCGGUUUACGACAGAUCAACAAGGUUACCCUUGUUUUGUUAAAACGUGACCUUGGAGUACGCAGUAUGCGCAAAAUUUCUAUAAAAAUCUUUUGUUGGCAAACAAAAUAAAAUUAGAGCGAACCCUGUGACCUCUAGGGGUAGCUUAAGUAGCCUCUAAAUUUCUGAUCACAGUAUCUCCUCUGAAGCAAACAUUAAUGUCACGAUAAUAAAGAAAAUUAUAACCGACUAAAGAAGCGAGUUCCUGAUUGUUCACCAAACUCUCCUUGCUUGAGCUACAGGAAAUCUACAUAUUAUGCCUUUUUUCUCGUCAGCGCGAAACUACAUCGAUCAUUAAAAGUAAAUGUAUAACAAACUCUUAUAUUUGUUUGACGAAUAACCUUGUGUUGGUUCAAAUGUGAGGGUAAUUAUGAAACAUUUCUUUUCAAAUGCAGAGGCAACUUACAGGCAUCACUUGUUAGUUGAUGGCCAAUUUGUGUCCUUGGACAUCAUGGACACAGCAGGAAAGGUACACUAAGGACUAAUCUUUAUUAUUUAUCUCCUAAGAGGCAGGGUGGGGUGGGGGGGGGUGGGAGGGCAAAGGAUUUUGGUUGUGAACCUCUUACAAGGCUCUGCAAUUUUCUUACGAGUUCACUUCAUUGGAAGUGUAUUAGUGGUAAAUUUCCUAUAGCUCUCUCUUUCUAUUCCGUUGGCAACGACUGAUCCCUCUCUGUUCCCCCUGAAAACCAUGUGAUCCCCCCAUAAUUCUCCACCCUUCCCCCCCCUUCACGGUGUUAAAUGAUGACUGUUCACUAAAACAUUAUCAGGUCUUGUAUCGCGUCUAGAAAUCUGAAAAAUCAAUGGCGCACAAGGGGAAAUGAGAACCGAUUAAUCAUCUCUUUUUCUAAGGUACUUCUCGCAAUUCACCGCUUCUUCGCCAUUAGUGUAAGCUUGGCUAGAAAAACUGAAUGAAAAUCGGCUAUGGCUAACAGACUGAUUCUUUUGGAGGAUCUUUUACCUAUUAAAGAUCAUUUCUUUGAAAUAGACCCAGCACUGAUAAUUAUUUUCAAACCUUUCCGAUGGGUUAUUUAUCUUCUAGGAUAUUCACCUACUUGAAUUCGAUUUUUCAUAGAAUUCCACGGAGAAGAUGCAAAUGUGUAUGUCUUUCGCGGAGCUCUUCUUUGUUGUCUACUCGACAACUGAUCGCACCUCCUUUGAAGAAGCAUCACUUCUGGCUCGUUACAUCCUACAAGGAAAACCUCUGGGUCCUGCCGGCCCCACCAUAAUGAUAGUGGGAACAAAGGCCGACCUCGAGUUCGCCCAAGAAGUCGAAGAACAAGAAGGAAGGUUGUUGGCCGAAGAAUUAGGCUGCGGAUUUUAUCAGGUGUCCAGUGCAGAGGGUUAUUUGGAGACACAAGAGCUGCUAUUUGAUUCAGUAAAACGUUGCUUCGAUAAAAGUAAAACUUCGACGUUGUCAAGAGUAAAAGAAGGAAUUGUAGAAACGGCGAAGUCAUUCCGAAAGAGAUCACUUGGCCACGAAGUGGCUAAGGCCCAGCGCGAGAGGUUGCAGUUGAGACCCAGGUCAUUCAGCGAUGCUGAUCCUAUCCACGAGGCUUCUAAGCCUAAAUCUUCCAGUCAUGAAGAUUUAUCCCAAGAUGGAGAUUGCCAUCGAAAUUCAGUUGUAUCGACGGCAAGUUUUUAAAAGUAUUCCUUGAAUGAAAUUUAAAGAAGCAAAGCCAAGGCCGUGAGGGCAUCAAAAAUUGUCACACGACACAGAAACGCAGAUUAAGAGGGAGGACGAAAAUUCAAGAGGAAUCCAAUAACAGCAAGUCGAUAGCUUAAUUUAAGCCGAAAUUUUGAUGAUCCAGUAGUGGGAUUAGCUUAAGAUACCAAAAGAAACUUAUCAAUGACUGUAAUUUUAGCUGUUUAAUACGAUUCUUUUACAUGUAAAAUAAAAUAAAAUUCCCAUGGUAUAUCCACUGAUCA